AUGGGGGGGGAGGAGGGCGGAACGCUUGUCUCUCCGCGGAUGGGUGGGGACAGACCAGUUGGCUCCCCGCGCGCGAUCCCCAAGUCGCACUCCGCCGCGCGCGCAGCGGGGGGGGGUUUCGGGGGGAGCGCGCGGGAGCGCUUGCAGUCCCCCCUGGCGGAAGACGCGGAGGAAAUUAUGUCGCCUUCUAGGGGGCGCUCUGUGAGUAAGUGGGUGGAGGAGUCUAUUCAAGAAGGGGGAGCGGGCGCGGGGCCGGGGGGAGCAGGCGCAGGGGGAGGGGAGCGGGUUCCCGCAAACAUGCGGUUUGCGCGACGGUGCAGGUCGGUGCAAGUGUAUAACGCAGGAGAUGACCCGGAUAGUAAGAUCAACCGGUCUGCUUCUAGCGCGUCCGAGGCUAAAGCUGCGCUCGGGGGAGCAGGGGCGGGAGGGGGCGGGGGAGCGGGUGGGGCGAGCAGCGGCGGCGGGCGACCGAUUUCGCCGGAUCGCGAAAGCAUGUCGUCAACUUCGUCGUCUGUGCGACGGUACCAUCCGAAACACGGAGACGACGAUAUCGGGUACGAAGAUGGGGAGAGGCGGCCCCGGCGCAGGGCGUUAGGGGACGAAGACGAUAUGGGCAGGCGCGCGGGGAGCAUGCGGGAGCGGGGGGACGGCGGGUUUGAACACACUCCCCGCACGCCCCCACCGCGCAUGCGCUCGAGAUACGCGGAUGAGGGCGGGCCAAUGCGGUCUCCGCUUAGGCGGAGGCCCGCGGGGGAAAGAGAUCCGCACCGCCCGCCGUCCCGCCAGAGCUCUCAUGCCUCUGACGCGGGGGACCCCGCCUCCGCGCCGCGCCCGCCCUCGCGGAGCAGCGGAGCAGGGGGGGAAAUGCCCGCGCCCAGCCCCACGGGGAGGCUCCGAAGCGCAGCGGGCAGGCGGGGUGCGGCGGAACACGGGGAAGCGGGUGCGCGCCCGCGCACGCCCACGGGGAUGGAAAUGGGGGGACGGAUGGGGUUUGCGGGGGAGGGGCUGAGCCGCCCGAAAACGGCGGAUGUGCAUGGGCGGAGGGCGGGGGUCCCCCGUUCCGCGUCGACCACUGAGGGGACUCCGCUGGCGGGAAUGCUUUCCAAGGAGCGGGGGGAAAAGGGGGUUCCGCGCUCCGCGUCCGAAUUGGUGGAUGAUGAGGAGGAGGGGGGCGGGUACGGGGGGCACAGGGGCGGGCGGUACAGCGGCGCACUACUGUCGAGAACGGUUGGGGGACCCGAGGGGGAAUACGAUGACGAGGAGGAGGCGGAGGAGGAGCUGCGCGCAAUGGAGGAGAAGGAGCGCAGGCGCAGGCGCGCGGAACGCGCGCGCAGGAUGCGCGAGGAAGUCCCCGAGGGGAGCCAAAUGGACGGCGAGGAUGCGUUUGACGAGGAUUUCGACGAUGAGGAUGGCGGAUACGGGCGGAUGGGGACCGGGGGACGGGGGGAGAGGGAGCCGCGCAGGGGUUACAGGCGGCGUGAGGAGGAUAUUAUGAGGGAAGAGCACAGACGAUUAGCGUUGGAGUUAGAAAGAGAGAGGGAGGAGAGGCGGAAGCUUGCAGAGGAGUUGAAACGGCUGGAGAGGGAGACGAAGGAGAGGGAGGAGAGGAGGCGGAUGGAGAAGGAACGCAGGCGCGCGGAGAAAGAGAAGCUAGUGGCGGAAGUGGCCGCGCUGCAGCUGCCCGCGGGGGCGGACGCGGAGGACGGGGGGACGGGGGAGGGGAGGCGGACUCCGCGCAUGGGCGGGGGGAUGCUGUCCCCCUUUGGCGGAAGGCAGAAAACGCCUGAGCGGGAGCGGAGAGGGGGGAAUCGCCCUGUGACACCUGAGAGGAGACCUGUAACACCUGAGGGUAUGCAGGCUAGACUGACCAGGAAAAACCGGGAGGUGAUUCGGGCAGCCCGAAAAGAAGCAGCGGCAGGCGGGCAGGCGGAAAAGGCUGGGGAUGGAGGGCAGGCGGCGCUGCAGCAGGUGCUGGUUAACAUUCUGAAGCGGCCUUUUGCGGAUGUCAGGGAGUCUUAUAAGGUGGAUAAGAGCGAGCUGGGGCGGGGCAGGUUCGGAGUGAUCCGAGCCUGUGUGGAUCGGGUGACAGGGGAGAGGCUUGCGUGCAAGACGAUCAGCAAAGGCAUGCUGCAGGUACGGCGAGGUUGCAAGUUGUAA